GCACGCCCUCUAGCCUUUGGGUUUCGGAAGAUUGCGCGGCUGCCCACAUCGGUUGCCGUUUUGAGGCCUCGUUUCAGAGCUGAGGGGCCGGGUGCCUCCUCAGGCUUAGCGGAUAUGGUUCUCUGGUCUCAAAAACACACCAAAAAUAAGAAACCCUGGCGUGCACUUGUAUAAUCGUGGAAAGGGGGCGCGGGCGGGUGCGGCCUAAACUUCUGAGAAAGAACUGAAGGAAAUGUGUGCGCUCCACCGCGCUCAACAGGAAAGUUCCCGCCACGCGGCCUGGCGGGUCGGGUCGCCCGGGAAAGGCCCCGGGGGCCCUCCUGCUUCGCGAACACGUUUCCCGCCUGGCCGCAAUGCUACUUUCGCGCGGAAACCCACUUCCGAUGGUUUCCCGUCGCCUGGCGGAGGCGGCAGCUCCAGGCCUGUCCUCAGGCCGCGGGUCCCGCUGGGAUCGCCCUCUCUGACUUGCAGCGCUCCCAGCCGGCCCUCCGGCCUUGGAGAAGCCGGGGCAGCUGCCCGAAAGGCCGCUCUCUAACUCAGGACAUUUCGAGAUGGAAUCUCUCUCUGUCGCCCAGGCUGGAGUGCAGUGGCGCGAUCUCGGCUCACUGCAAGCUCCGCCUCCCGGGUUCACGCCACUCUCCUGCCUCAGCCUCCCAGGGGUAGCUGGGACUACAGGCGCCCGCCACCGCGCCCGGCUAAUAGUCUCGAUCUCCUGACCUCGUGAUCCACCCGCCUAGGCCUUCCAAAGUGCUGGGAUUACAGGCGUGAGCCACCGCGCCCGGCCAAGUGGGUUUAUUUUAAAUGAAAAUAUGUCUUCUCAAGAAGGGAGAGAGAAUAUAAAGGGCCACUCUCUACCUGUUUGCAGUCCUAGAGUCCAAGAGUAGGAAGAAUAUAGAGGCAGUACCCUGAAGCUUCCAACUGAGGUUGACCAACGGGGAGGGAGCACAGACAAAAACCUGCAGGAUACGAAGAGAAUGAGAUCAGGAUAUUCCCGUCGCUUUCUCCCUGCAAGACCAAGUCAGGCUGUCUCUUGCCUUCGCAUGAUGUCACUUGUCCUCUUCAGGUGACCUGCUCCACGUGACUCGCUCUUCCAUGUUCUGAGACAGAGUCUUGGUCUGUAACCAGGACUGAAGUGCACAGCUGAUUGCAACCUUGAACUCCUGGCCUCAAGUGAUCCUCCUGCCUUGGUCACCCAAAGUGCUUGGAUUAGAGUUCCUAUUCAGGAGUUGUGUCUUCUACUUUUGAACUUGCCGUGUGCAUCUCAUCAUGAUUACACCUUGCUGGAAUUCAGUACAUGUGAAGUAUGAUGUCUACGUACAAAAACCCAGAAUGGAGCCAACAGGAAAAAUAAAACUCUGACAACACGGUUGAGAGAAACGAUACCACAGUCACCCACCUGCGUGUUGAAGAAAAUCUUUAAUCUUGUGUAGAAUGAAUGUUUAGAUGAGAAAAUUGAGGCUUAGAAACUGUAAGGACUUACCCAAGGUCAUGGAGCAAGUGCACGUUUAUCUUAUUGAAAAACAAAUGGAGGAUGCCAUUGGCCUCCACACGGCUCUCACCUCUCUCCAAAACCUAGCUCGCAGCCUGCCAGAGCGCAGCUAGAGUUUCUAGGCAGAGGAGGGAGAAGCACCCCGCCCAUCCCCGCCGGCGCCUCGCCUACGUCACUGCUUCGAGCCGCAGACCCCCUCCCUCCUUCCCAGUCGCGGUAGCUUUGACAGAGCGCAAUGGCGGCGACCGCGUCUGCAGGGGUGCCGGCGACCGUGUCAGAAAAGCAAGAGUUUUACCAGCUUCUGAAGAACCUGAUCAAUCCAAGCUGUAUGGUGCGGAGACAAGCAGAGGAAAUCUAUGAAAAUAUCCCAGGUCUGUGUAAGACUACCUUCCUCUUAGAUGCCGUCAGAAAUAGAAGAGCAGGUUAUGAGGUGAGACAAAUGGCUGCCGCACUGCUACGACGGCUUUUGUCCUCUGGGUUUGAGGAGGUUUAUCCAAAUCUGCCUGCUGAUGUUCAGAGGGAUGUCAAGAUUGAACUGAUUCUGGCUGUUAAGUUAGAAACACAUGCUAGCAUGAGAAAAAAACUUUGUGAUAUUUUUGCAGUGCUGGCCAGGAAUUUGAUAGAUGAGGAUGGCACUAACCACUGGCCGGAAGGUCUGAAGUUUCUUAUUGAUUCAAUCUACUCCAAAAAUGUGGUUCUAUGGGAAGUUGCACUUCACGUUUUCUGGCACUUUCCUGGGAUUUUUGGGACCCAAGAGCGGCAUGAUUUGGAUAUCAUCAAACGGUUGUUGGACCAGUGUAUUCAAGAUCAAGAACAUCCAGCAAUCAGGACAUUAUCCGCUAGAGCUGCAGCUGCAUUUGUACUUGCUAAUGAGAAUAAUAUUGCUCUUUUCAAAGACUUUGCAGACUUGCUUCCUGGAAUCUUACAGGCUGUGAAUGACUCAUGCUACCAGGAUGAUGAUUCAGUGCUAGAAUCCCUUGUUGAGAUUGCAGAUACCGUACCUAAGUACUUGGGUCCUUAUUUAGAAGAUACUCUACAGUUGAGUUUGAAGUUAUGUGGAGACUCUAGGCUUAGUAAUCUGCAGCGCCAGCUGGCCCUGGAAGUUAUAGUGACCUUGUCUGAAACUGCCACUCCGAUGUUGAAAAAACAUACAAAUAUUAUUGCACAGGCAGUUCCUCAUAUAUUAGCAAUGAUGGUUGAUCUACAAGAUGAUGAGGACUGGGUAAAUGCUGAUGAAAUGGAAGAAGAUGAUUUUGACAGCAAUGCAGUUGCUGCGGAGAGUGCACUAGACAGACUGGCUUGUGGGCUUGGUGGAAAAGUUGUUUUACCAAUGACCAAGGAGCAUAUCAUGCAGAUGCUUCAGAGCCCUGACUGGAAGUAUCGACAUGCUGGAUUAAUGGCCUUAUCUGCCAUUGGAGAAGGAUGCCAUCAACAAAUGGAAUCAAUUCUAGAUGAAACAGUUAACUCCGUUUUGCUUUUUCUUCAGGAUCCUCAUCCAAGGGUGAGGGCUGCAGCCUGUACUACACUUGGACAGAUGGCUACAGAUUUUGCACCUAAUUUCCAAAAGAAAUUUCAUGAAACAGUGAUUGCAGCUCUGUUACGUACCAUGGAAAAUCAAGGUAAUCAGCGUGUGCAGUCACAUGCAGCUUCUGCUCUUAUUAUUUUUAUUGAAGACUGCCCUAAAUCAUUGCUAGUUCUAUAUGUGGAUAGUAUGGUGAAAAAUCUACAUUCCAUCUUGGUGAUUAAACUUCAAGAGUUGAUUCGGAAUGGAACUAAGUUGGCUUUGGAACAACUUGUGACAACGAUUGCAUCAGUUGCAGAUACAAUAGAAGAAAAAUUUGUCCCAUAUUAUGAUAUAUUCAUGCCCUCACUAAAGCACAUUGUUGAGCUUGCUGUUCAGAAGGAACUCAAGCUUCUGAGAGGAAAAACUAUCGAGUGCAUUAGCCAUAUUGGUCUUGCUGUUGGGAAGGAAAAAUUUAUGCAAGAUGCAUCAAAUGUGAUGCAGCUGUUGUUGAAGACACAAUCAGACUUAAAUAAUAUGGAAGAUGAUGACCCUCAGACCUCUUACAUGGUUUCAGCAUGGGCUAGAAUGUGUAAAAUUCUUGGAAAAGAUUUUCAACAGUACCUUCCACUGGUUAUCGAGCCUCUUAUUAAGACUGCUUCAGCUAAACCUGAUGUUGCUCUCUUAGACACACAGGAUGUGGAAAAUAUGAGUGACGAUGAUGGCUGGCAAUUUGUAAAUCUUGGAGACCAGCAGAGUUUUGGAAUUAAAACUUCAGGACUUGAAGCAAAAGCAACUGCUUGCCAAAUGUUGGUUUACUAUGCUAAGGAGUUAAGGGAAGGGUUUGUGGAAUAUACAGAACAAGUUGUGAAGCUGAUGGUUCCUUUACUGAAAUUUUAUUUCCAUGACAAUGUUCGAGUGGCAGCAGCAGAGUCCAUGCCUUUUCUCCUGGAAUGUGCAAGAAUUCGUGGCCCAGAGUAUCUUGCACAGAUGUGGCAAUUCAUAUGUGACCCCUUAAUCAAGGCUAUUGGUACUGAACCAGAUACAGAUGUGCUCUCAGAAAUAAUGAAUUCUUUUGCAAAGUCCAUUGAAGUUAUGGGAGAUGGUUGCCUUAAUGAUGAACACUUGGAAGAACUGGGAGGAAUACUGAAAGCAAAACUUGAAGGGCACUUUAAAAACCAAGAAUUGAGACAGGUGAAAAGACAGGAAGAAAACUAUGAUCAACAGGUUGAGAUGUCUCUGCAAGAUGAGGAUGAAUGUGAUGUUUAUAUUCUGACCAAAGUAUCAGAUAUUUUGCACUCAUUAUUUAGUACUUAUAAGGAAAAGAUUUUACCAUGGUUUGAACAACUACUUCCAUUAAUUGUAAAUCUAAUUUGUUCAAGUAGGCCUUGGCCAGACAGACAGUGGGGAUUGUGCAUAUUUGAUGACAUCAUAGAGCACUGCAGUCCAACUUCAUUUAAAUAUGUAGAAUAUUUUCGGUGGCCAAUGCUACUAAAUAUGCGAGAUAACAACCCUGAAGUCAGGCAAGCUGCUGCUUAUGGCCUGGGUGUCAUGGCACAGUUUGGUGGAGAUGAUUAUCGUUCUUUAUGUUCAGAAGCUGUUCCACUGCUGGUAAAAGUUAUUAAGUGUGCAAAUUCCAAAACCAAAAAAAAUGUCAUUGCUACAGAGAACUGUAUCUCAGCAAUAGGGAAGAUUUUGAAGUUUAAGCCUAACUGUGUAAAUGUAGAUGAAGUUCUUCCACACUGGUUAUCAUGGCUUCCACUGCAUGAAGAUAAAGAGGAAGCUAUUCAGACUUUGAGUUUUCUCUGUGACCUAAUUGAAAGUAACCACCCAGUUGUAAUUGGUCCAAAUAAUUCCAAUCUUCCCAAAAUAAUCAGUAUAAUUGCAGAAGGAAAAAUUAAUGAGACUAUUAACUAUGAAGAUCCUUGUGCCAAACGCCUAGCUAAUGUCGUGCGUCAGGUACAGACUUCUGAAGAUUUAUGGUUGGAAUGUGUAUCACAACUUGAUGAUGAACAGCAGGAAGCCUUACAGGAGUUGCUAAAUUUUGCUUGAAGCACUUUAAUAUAACUUGAAUAUUAUCUACUAUAAAAGUAACUACAAAUAAGUGUUGUGAAUAGAUUUUAUUAUAAAUCAGAGAACUGUUUUCUCCCUGCUAAGCAGUUUAUAGUUCUUCUCCAUGUUUCUCCAGAAUUAAUCAGUGUUAGUCCUCUGUUUAUCUCGCAUGUUUUAUCUUCCAAACACAGACCUUGGUGAUAACCUGUGCUUCAAACUGUCUUAAACAAUGUUUGUCACCUUUCCCCUAGUUGAUGUAAAGUAUAUAAAUUGUUGCUAUUUGUUUGAACUAUUAUUGAUGCUAGCCAAGCAGUAUACUUGAUGUGAAGAUGUCAUGCUAUCACAAUAUGCUAAGAGCUCACAAAAAUAAGAUAGAAUUUCCAGGACAAACAUCUUUGGAAUUGUGAGUGAAGGCUAUAGUGGCAGGCUUGUCCCUCUUUGAUUAAUACUCUUGGUAUUUGUGGUGAUGGGAGGAUGCUGUUACUAGGAGAAUUUUGAGAUAUUGCAGUGGAUGUGGGAUGUAUAUGAACUUUUUCAUAAUGUACUCCUGGGAACUGGGUGGGACAUAUCUAUAUUGUAGUUCCCAAGUUGUCCGGUUGAGAGUUAGAGAACUUUUAAAUUUCUUUAGCCAGACAGGUCUCUAUUUUUUUAAGUUAUCCAGGACUCCAAGAACCAUAGUUACUGAAAAGGGAGUCCUGAUACAUCUAAUAUUGGUAGCAUGUAACAGUGUUUGACAAAGAGUAAGUAAGCAAUAUUCUUGGGAGUCAGUGUUAUGUGUUUCAGCAGAGUAUUAUUUUGUGUAUGUAUGCCAUUUUCUCCCUGCAAAGCAGCUCAACAAGAGAAAAAGCUCUAGUUAUAGGGCUUAAAUUGAUUUCUAUUUCAAAUAAUUUCCUAAUAGAUUCUAGAGUAGAACUGAAGAGUAUUCUAUUGGAAAAGUGAGAGGAAAGAAAUGUAAUUUUCUUUGAACAUGAAAAAGAAAACAACUUUGAGAGUAGUCAUUUAGCAGUAGAUGUGCAUUAUUAUGAGAAAACAGUUCUAUAAGUCCAGGGUUAAUUAUAUUAAUUGGAAUGUCGGUCUUUAAUGUCGAGCUUAUUGUAGGGUAGAAAAGAGCUUUCUAUUCAGCUAAUGAUUACUCAUUGAUCCAAAACUUAAAUACAUCUAUAAUUUCCUGGGGCUAUUGUGAGUACUGUGUAUGUAUUUAGCAAAUAUUUAAGACCUAGUAAGUGCUCAAUAAAUUGUAGCUGUUA